GCUUUUCUUCUUUUGUUUUUUGUUAAGGGUAAUGUUAUGGAUUAAGAGUAAUAUUAUGGCUGAGUGUACUAAGAAAGCAUUUUCUCUGGGAUCUUAGCUUUGUGCGUGAUCCCAGGGUGGUAUUAAAUAAGUUCUCCGAAGAAGUCCUAAUUUUUUUCUCCGGAUUCUUGGAUGUAAUAAGAGAAAAUGAGAGUUUUCCUUCAGAGAGGCAGCCUGUUGAUGGAUCAUCUCUAGGAUUCAAAGUUUUCUUAUGUGAACAAAAUCGUUCAGGGGGGACAUUGUUAAAAUUGAAACCAAGCAUAAAGAAGCAAAAGUGUUUCAGAGAACCUCCUGCGUUUUAGUUCAACUCUGGCAGCAAGAAAACAAAACCACAUAAUCUAAGGCUCACGCCCAACUCUCUGAAGCCCUGUGUCUGCUAGUUCCUGUGUGGUUUGCCUACAGACUGCAGGGCUGACUGGGGGUAAUUUGGAGGAGGGAGUAAGAAGUAAGGCAGGAGGAGGCACUAUUAAUGGAUCUGUGAACUCGUACCCUGUUUUAGCGAGGUCCUUGGAAGACAGCACAAGGUGGAUCUACACUCUGAAAUGCAGUAAUUUUGGUGUUUGACUUCGUCUUCCUUCUUGGAAGAGAAGAUACUAUUAACUCGGUGUCAAAGCCAAGACGUAGACUCGACCUCUUCUCUUCAAAAAGCUUCCCGUCGCGACAUGGAAGCCGUCGCCAAGUUUGACUUCACCGCCUCAGGCGAGGAUGAACUGAGCUUUCACACUGGAGACAUUCUGAAAAUCUUAAGUAACCAAGAGGAGUGGUUCAAGGCGGAGCUUGGGAGCCAAGAAGGAUAUGUGCCCAAGAAUUUUAUAGAAAUCCAGUUUCCUGAAUGGUUUCAUGAAGGUCUCUCGCGACACCAGGCAGAGAACUUACUUAUGGGCAAGGAGGUUGGUUUCUUCAUCAUCCGGGCCAGCCAGAGCUCCCCAGGGGACUUCUCCAUCUCUGUCAGGCAUGAGGAUGAUGUUCAGCACUUCAAGGUCAUGAGAGACAACAAGGGUAAUUACUUCCUGUGGACAGAGAAGUUUCCGUCUCUAAAUAAGCUGGUGGACUACUACAGGACGACUUCCAUCUCCAAACAGAAGCAGAUCUUUCUGAGGGAUAGAACCCGAGAGGAUCAGGGUCACCGGGGCAACAGCCUGGACCGGAGGCCCCAGGGAGGCCCGCACCUCAGUGGGGCUGUGGGAGAAGAAAUCCGGCCUUCGAUGACGCGGAAGCUGUCGGGCCACCCGGCGCCCCCUCCCUCGCAGUGCCCCCCAGCACCCCCAGCACAGCAGCAACGCUACCUGCAACACCCUCAUUUCCAUCAGAUGGGAUUUGGGGCCGCUUACCGAGACGGACAAUACAGCCAGAUGACAUCAUUCCUAAAUUCCUUGGAACGCCGAGGAGGCAGCCUUGACAUAAACGAUGGGCACUGUGGCAUUGGCGUGGGCGGCGACACGAACCCGGCCCUCAUGCACCGGAGACACACAGACCCCGUGCAGCUCCAAGUGGCCGGGCGAGUGCGGUGGGCCCGGGCGCUGUACGACUUCGAGGCCCUCGAGGAUGACGAGCUGGGGUUUCGCUGUGGAGAGGUGGUCGAGGUCCUGGACAGCUCCAACCCGUCCUGGUGGACCGGCCGCCUGCACAACAGACUGGGCCUCUUCCCUGCCAACUACGUGGCGCCCAUGAUCCGAUGAGGCCCUUCCGGGGGGUCAGAGGCUUUUGUGUGAAGCUGCCUGCAGGAGAGGGGGCAAGGAAGAGAAGCGGGAACUAUCCACGCAUACGGAUAUAUGUGUGUACGCGCACACGCACGCCUACGCCUCUGUGUACACGCAUUUUCUAAUAGUAAUUUAUUGGCGAUUUCAUUGGUUACUCAGUUGAUAUGAAAGGAAGUCAGGUGAGAAUGAUAUUCAUACUUGUUUUUCUGCUCCCCUCAGCGGUGUGUGGAAGGCAGUGGGAAAGCUGGCUGGUGGGGAGGGGCAGGGACAUGAAACGCAAAUUCUUCCCGUCCCUAAGAUGGCCCUGCUUCCUCCUGGCCUGGGGAAUGUUCACCAAGAGUAGCCCAGCGGAGAGCCGCACCCCGGGCUUGGACGAGGAACCACAGGGUGGGGCUGGACUCGGUGGGGCAUGUUUGAGCUCACCUCCAAGCCCUACUCACCUUGAGGGUUUGCAGGGCAGCUUCCCUCCUGCUCUGCAAGGGUGGGCACUGCUGGGUUGAGAAUAAAGGUGCCUCCCCACAGGGCUGAGCUGGGAGCAGGAAGGGCCAAGAAGGCGGGACUGGACUGGAGCAGCAGGUGUUCCGAAGCCUGGGCAAGGCUGGCCUCACCUCCCUCCAGUGAGUGUUCCUCGGCUAGUCCUCUUCCCCGAGGCUGACCUGGAGAAACGGAGACCCCGAGGAGCCAAGCACUGGGAGACGGAAGGAUUUUCACAAAUCUCCAGUGGCUUACUUGGGAGUAACCUCUGUUUCCCGGGAUACCAAGAAAGCAACGUCUGAGACUCUGUAAAAUGCUUAGAGAAGCCCCGGCUGAGAAAGCUGGAUUUUAGAGCCGUUAUUUUAUGGCGACAGGAUGUCUCUUUGGGUCUCUAUUUGUUUCCCCAUGUUUUGAGGAUGCCUUGCCCAGUGGCACGGAGAGCAGCCCGCUCCACAAGAGCGUUGAUUCGCUAUUGUUGAUGGGUUGAUUGAUUGGCUGAGCAUGACCCUGGGUGGGAGCCAGCUUUGCAAUGAGCUUCCUGUUGGAUUUGGCUGUUGAGCCACUGCUGACAGCACCCCCCCCAACACACACACCCAGUACCUGCAUGUGGGGCCGCUCUCUCUCCUGCCACCUCACAAUAGAAUUGUGUUUCCCUUGGGGGUGUGGGUGGGGACUGGCCAGGCUGGGGAGCAGAGACACCAGAGAAGGAAACUCAGUGUUUUGGUGGAGGCCGGGAGCAAACACGUCUGCACCAAGGGUCCUGAGAAGAGGGUGUGUGUGUGUAAUGAGACCGAAAUGAAAGGGUGGGGUACCCAUGUUGGUGAGGGAGCAUGGAGGGUGAGGUGGGCCCGUUCCUUUGUCUUCUCCCCCAGCCCUUCCUGCUCUAAGGAGUGACGGCGGCAGCCAUUAUGGAGGGUGAUAGGAGAAGAGUUUCUACUCAGAAGUAACUGUCAGUGUAAUGUAGGCUGUGUCCCUUUGACUCUGAAUUCUAUGAUUCUGUGAUCCCUGUGUUGUCUUUAGAGAGGAAGGGAAAAAGAAGGCGCUCUGUGGUGAGUCUUGGGAGGGAAGAGAAAAUAGCCCUGAGAGGCGGGGGGAGUCGAGCGAGAGUGAGGAGGGUCUGGCACGCAGCCUUUAGAAAUGACAGCACGGAAAGGGAAAGGGGGCAAAGACAUUUCAAAAGAUCAAGGAGCAGCGUGAGAGGGACAAAGGGAGGGAGAGGAGGCAAGACGUUAAGUGGGGCAGGUGAGGAAGACAUGGGAGUAGGAGUCAGCAAGCAGAUAAGCACGGGAAGGAGGGACGGAGCAGGUGCGGAAGGAGGAAUUAGAGCAGAGACGUGAGCGCUGGGGAAGGCAGGGGCGAAGGCACCACGAGGAUGAAGACAAAAGAGCAGGGAGAAAGAAAAGCAAGGCAAAGAAGACCUAAAAGCUAUUUUGGUGCUAGGUAAUGUGAACAUGUUACAGUAAAUAAAAGCCAAAAGUGAUGUUUGGUUUUACAGUAUUUACAAACCAUAUGCUUUAAAC